GAUGAAUGUAUAAGAGAAGCUAUGAUGUUCCAUCCAGGAGUGAAAUUACAGCAUUUAUUUGCAAUCAUCCUUCUUUUUUGUGAACCAACGCAUCCUGAUAAACUCUGGCAUAAAUACAAACAUGCGUUUACUGAUGACAUAUUAUCACAUUUAUGUAAAUUUAAUAAUAAUCCUCAUGCUUUAUUUUCUGAUGCAGAAAUCGAAGAUUUUGCAUUACGCCAUAUACAAAGUAUCCUUCAAUCUCAAGGUCGUUCUAUUGAAGAAUUCCCUUAUAUGCCUAUACCAUCUGAACCUGAAAAUUUUUUUAAUAAACCAGACCGACUUAUCUGUGAAGAACUGAAUUAUGAUGCCUCUACACUCAAACAAAUUGCUGAAACUUAUGAGUCUAACCUAAACCAAGAUCAGCUUGCUAUAUUUUCUGUAGUUACUGAAGCUAUUAAAAAUAACCAUCACAACUGUAUUUUUGUAGAUGGUCUCAGUGGUUCCGGAAAAACAUAUUUAUAUGCCGCCCUUCUUGCAUGGGUAAGAGGACAAGGUCUUAUUGCAUUAGCAGUAGCUUCGUCAGGCAUCGCAGCCUUACUUUUAGAUGGAGAAUUUUCUAAUUGGCUUCUUAAAGUCGGUAAUGGAACUGUAUCUAUUUUAAAUGAUAUAGACAAUAUAAUUGACCUUCCUCCUGAUAUCGUUUUACCUUCUACAUCUUUACAAGAUCUUAUAUCAAUAGUUUAUCCAAAUUUACUGUUUCUUUUCGAAACACCAGAAUUAUUGCUCGAACGCGCAAUCUUGGUUCCGCGUAACAAACAUGUUAAUGAAAUUAAUGAUAUUAUUAUAGAAUCUCUUCCCACUACGAUUAUUCACUCCUUUAGUGCUGAUACUUUAGAUCCUGCAUCAACAUCUUUCACCCAAUUAAAUCUUUUUCCAGUUGAAUUAUUAAAUUCUUUUACCCCUUCUGGUUUCCCUCCUCAUGACCUUAAACUCAAAGUAGGUUCACCGAUCUUACUAUUAUGUAAUAUUAAUCAAGAACAAGGUCUGUGCAAUGGUACACGCCUUAUUUGUAAAGCUAUUCAUAAACGUGUUUUAGAAGCAGAAUUUCUUCAAGGUCCCCGCGUACACACCCGAAUUUUGCUCCCCCGUAUCACAUUUUUACCCAAGCCUGGAGAUCUACCAUUCAAAUUUAUUUGA